UUUAAUCACAUCAAACUAAUUAAUUUCUCCCCAUUUUCUGAAAAACCACUUUCCCUACACAAUUACAUGAACGAGAAAACUUGUUUCUUGAUCAUAUUGAUCUACUUUUUCUUUUCCCCCUAAAUUAUCAUCAAUACUAUUAAUCCUCCAAUCAAUGCUAAUCAUGAUUAUCCCUCUUUUAAUUAUCUUGAUUAUCACCCCAUUAGCAAAAGCUCAGUAUCAUCAACACACACCCACAUCAGCAAAUUUUCAGCCUAGCUUAUUUGUGGUCAUUGGAGUACUUUCCUUCAUGUUCUCCUUGACAUUAAUCCUUGUAAUUUAUGCCAAAUUUUGUCAUAGACACCCAUCUGCAAUCCAUAGUAUUAGCCGCAAUGAAAAUAACACUGAGGGCAUUUUUGGCAACAGCACAAGAUUCUCAGGAAUCGACAAAACUGUAGUGGAAGCUUUACCCUUUUUUAGAUUCUCUUCCCUUAAAGGAUCCAAACAAGGCCUACAAUGUGCUGUUUGCUUAGCAGAAUUUGAAGAGGUUGAAAUUUUAAGAUUACUUCCAAAGUGUAAGCAUGGUUUUCAUAUUCAAUGUGUAGAUCAAUGGCUUGAGCAUCACUCAACUUGCCCUUUGUGUAGGCAAAAGAUAAGUGUUGAUGAUCUUAAAACCGUCGAUUCUAGUAGUAUGAGGUUCAUCAUUGGAGGUCAAAAAUCUGAGAUAUUAGAUGAUGCAUCAGGUAAUUUCGAGAUUUUAUUACAGAGAGAAAUUAACAGUCAAAGUUCAUCGAGAUUUAAUAGUUUUAGGAGAAUUCUUAGCGCGAAAAGGGAAGAAGAAAUGUAUAUGCAAUUAGAAAAAGUUGGUAAUAUAGAAGAUGAUCAAGAUGGGAAAGUUUUGCAUAGGCUUAAUCAUCAAAUAAUUGUGUCGGAUGUUGUGUUUAAGCAUCGUUGGAGCGAUGUUAGUUCUUCUGAUUUGAUGUUCUUGAAUUCGGAAAUGCUUGGAGUUAUGUCAAGUGAUGGAAUAUCUAGCAAGAACAAUAGUUUCGAUGAAAUCGACAGUUUUGAAUUCUGUAAUUCGAAGAUUAGAUUGAAAGAUGAAUUGGGUAUCGAUGAUUCGAGGGCGAUAAGCAUGAAUUUAGAUCCUCCAAGUAGUAAAAGGUCAAUGUCAGAGAUAACGGCAUUGGCAAGAUUUAAGGAUUUGAAGAGUAUGAAGAAUAAAAUUAGACAAUGUUUAGCAGAUUGUGAGAAUAAUAAUAGUGUUAAUUAUUUAAGAGAUGAGGAUAUAAUUAGGAGGAGACAUAAAUGGUUUACAAUUGCUAAAAAAACCGUUCAAUGGUUUGCAAACAGAGAAAAAAAUAGAUCUCACCAACACCAACAGCAGGAUACAAAUCAGACACUUCAUGUAUAGUUUUUUUGGGAUCAAUCCUUUUGUCCCUACACAACCAUUUUUUGAUAAAUUUUUUACACGAUGGAGAAACUAUUUUUUCAUAACAGAAAUUACACAGACAAAUUUUUAAUGUUUUGGGAUUAAGACUCUAAUAUUAUUGUUGUCGUUAUUACAGAAAACUACAUUUUGUAGAGCUUUGAGCUUAGAGAGAGCAAGAAAGCCUCUCUUUUCCUUUUCUUGUUUUUGGUUCAACCCGUUGCUGUUUGCUUUUUCUCGUUUUCUUUUUCUAUUUUAAAUUUUAACAUGUACUUUAUAUUACACGAAAAUUGAGUAAGAUUUUUGUUGGAUUGAUUUCAGUCGGGUAACUUCAACUAUUAUUGUAAUAUAUGAUUAUAUGGGAUUUUAUAA